AGCAAUUUAAUGAUGAAAAGAGAAAAUUAGAAAAAGAGUUGCAAAUGGCUCGAAGAAAUAUGAUUGAAAUAGAACAUCAGUAUAAUGAAGAAAUUCAGGGACUGCAGAAGAUGUAUGAAUUAAAAUUACAUCAAAAAAAUGAAGACAUUCAAGAAAACAGAAUUCAUUUGAAAUACAGUGAAGAAAUGGAACAGCUAAAGUCUUUGUGUGAAAAAGGUUUGGCAGCUAUGGAUGCUUCUCACAAAAAAAUCAUAUCUGAAUUAGAACUGAGGCACCAAAAAGAGUUGGAAGAUUUAAUGGCAGAAAGAGAGAAAGCAUUAGCUGAUGAGGCACAUGCAACUGCAAUAGCAUUGGAAGCUGUAAGAAAAGCUCAUUCUGAAGAGUUACAGAGGCAAGUACAAAAAUUUAAAGAAGAAUUUGUCCUUAAAAUGAACAAAAGGUUUGAAACUGAAGCAUUCAAGAAAUGUUAUGAGUCUGAUUUAUCUAGUGUAAAACAUGAAAUUCUUUCAAUGACAGAAAAAUAUUCAGUCAAGUGUUUAGAAAAUGCUACGUUACACGAAAAGUUGGAGGUGAUGACUCAACAACUUAAAACAACAACUACUCAAGUGGUUGAACUGCUAGCAAAAAAUCAGCAAUUACAAGCUCGCUUGACUUCUGGUAGUCUUCAGAAACAAGAAGAGUUGUUGUAAUUAAACUAUGAUCAAGUAGUAAAGAAAUGAUUGCUCUUGAAUUUAGGAUAUUUAGAAAUGCUUUGCAGUAGAUGACUUUCCAAGAAGUUAGCUUGGUUUGCUGCAUCUAUGAAGAUCAGGAACUUUCUACAUUUUAAUUUUUCAUUUGUAAUUUAAAUCAUGUUUCACUUGUUAAUUUGUAAUUUUGUAUCACUGAGAGAAGAAAAAGUUUCAUAUUUUAGAUUUUUAUUGGUUACAUUGUUGAAAUCAUUGAUUACUAUUUAUUUGAUUGCAAAACUUUUUUUGUCUUGAAAUUGCUUUUAUCCCACUAAAAUAGAAAUACCCCCCCCCCCCCCCUUGUCCUUAUGAAAAUAAUAAAUUAUUUUUGGAAAUAUUGUGUGAAGUAAAACUUCCAAAUGAAUUACAAUCUUUAAAUAUAAAGCCUCUAGUAAAAUACAUAUAAAUGAGAGUAUAAGUAAAAUAGCCUUACAUGCAGCAAAUUACCCCCUAUAACGCUAUCAUAAAGCAAGUUUUAUAAAUUAAACAUGCUCAUCCUUACACCAGUAAUAUAUUUUGUUGAAUAAAAUGUUAAAUAUUAAACUGAGCUCAUAUUCCAUGAGAGAUAUCCUACAGCAAAAAUGUUGAUAUAGACUUGUAUAUAUAUUAUUUGUAAUCUAGAAUAUGUUAUGUAAAUUAAACACUGUUAUAGAGUCAAAUGUUGUAUGUUUAUUAAAACAUUGACUGAUAGAGCUUAUGUUUAAUCAAGACUGAAUAUUUUCCGUUUAAUGAACCCUUUAUAUAUAUUACUGUUGAAACAUUUAGAAGAUGCUGCAAAAAAUAAUUUUUAUAUCUAAGAACUAUACUUAUUAUAUUGAUGCCUGAUAUUUUUACUAUCAAAUACAGAGAAAAUCUUAUCUAUACAGUAUACACAUGUAGAUAAUGUAUUAUAUUGUACAGUAAAGAAGAAAAAUAGCAAUAAUUUUCUCACGAAGCCAUACUUUCUUUAUAUUUUUGUAGUAAAUAAUUCUGUUCUGUCAGAGAAUUUAAUGAUUGUUACGUGCAGACUGUUGUUGGUUGUAUAUUUUAUAAAUUAAAGUCUUUAAUCUUUUUAGAAUAUGUUCAUAGAACUGAAGUACAAAAUAAAUAAAUAAAACUAUCUUAU